UGUUCUGGUCACUUGGGUGGGCGGCUGGGGAAGGGGGGGCGGAGGGGCCGGCCUGGCCUCGCCUGCCUGCCUCUGACGGUCUGCCAGGGCUAGAAGGCGGCGUGCUUCGUCAGGCUCCAGCUGGGACCGGGAGGUGCUUUCUAAUGGUUCCAGUUGGAGGCUUUUGCUAGUAGCUGGUGCCCACCUGCCCCUUCCCCUUUCCUCUCCUCUCCCCUCCCUUCCCCCCUCAUUGAAUUUCCCCCUCCCCCACACACCUGUUGUGUACCUGCACACACUAAUGACAGCGUGGAUCGUCCUCCCCAUUAGCCUCUCUGCCUUCUCAAUCACUGGAAUAUGGAUUGUAUAUGCCAUGGCAGUGAUGAAUCACCAUGUAUGCCCUGUUGAGAACUGGUCCUACAAUGAGUCGUGCUCUUCUGAAUCUGCCAAGCGUGGCUACCCAAAAAGCUGCUGCACCUUGGAGGAUAUCCCAUUAAUUAGUAAAUGUGGCACUUACCCUCCGGAAAGUUGCCUUUUCAGCCUUAUUGGAAAUGUUGGGGCUUUUAUGGUGUUGGUGAUCUGUUUCCUACGCUAUGGGCAGCUGAUAGAGCAGAGCCACAGCUCCUGGGUGAACACCACAGCGCUGAUCACCGGCUGUACUAAUGCUGCAGGCUUGGUCGUGGUUGGCAAUUUCCAGGUGGACUAUGCCAAAUCCCUUCACUACAUCGGAGCUGGUGUUGCCUUCCCAGCCGGCCUGCUGUUCGUCUGCCUCCAGUGCGUCCUCACCUAUCACGUUGCAGUCUCUGCCCUGGACUUCUGGAUGGCGCAUCUCCGCGUCUUUCUUACUAUUGUGGCCUUAAUCUCUCUUGUCCUCAGUGGCAUCUUCUUCAUCCAUGAGAGCUUCCUCCUGCAGCAUCUGGCUGCCAUCUGCGAAUGGCUGUUUGUCAUUGACAUCCUGGUCUUCUACGGCACUUUCACCUACGAGUUUGGCGCCGUCUCCAAUGACACCUUGGUGGCUGCGCUGCAGCAUUCGAACAGCAGGGGGUGCAAGUCCCCAGGGAGCAGCAGCACCUCCACCCACCUCAACUGUAACCCUGAGAGCAUCGCCAUGAUAUGAGGGAGGGACAGGAAGGCUUGCUUGGCCAUCCCGUCCUGCAGCAGCAAUGAGCUGCCUAUCUUUUUCUUUUUUUCCCCCAAUGGGGGAAGAGGGGCAUCUUCUCCCUCCUGGUGGUUUUUUGUACCAAAAGGGGUUUUUUUAAUUAAAAAGAGUGUUAUCGCUGCCAGUUCCCUCACCCCUCCCUCUCCUUACUCAGAGUGCCACUGUCCAGCUGGGAGCUGGAGCCUGUUUAUGUCUAGGUGCUGGAGGAAGGGAGACGUUCUGCAAAGCAGCAGAGCUCUCAAGGAUGCCCCAGCUACAACUUGGAUGAUGGCAACCUUCCCUGCUCAUCUUUGGUGGGCAGCAGGCUCGCUAUGGUACCUUAUGGAACCACCCUAGGCAGGUCUGCUCAGAAGCCCCACUUUACUCACGGGGGCUUGAUCCAAGGGAAGGAUUGCAGCCUUAGCCUUCUACUGCCCCCUUGGGGUAGUGACCCAGUGCCAAAGGGAACCUCUGCUGUUUCCAGCCUCAUUAUAAACAGUGCCUGAUUCCAGUUUCCCAGAGAGCAGGGGCCAGAGUUUGGCCACCUAGGCUUGGGGAUGACUAUUUGGGUGCCUGUAAUGAUGGCUGCUCGUGAGUAUCUGAUUGCGUCUCACUGCCACUCCCCACUUACCUUUCAGUGUAAGUACAUGGACAUAAACAAGCUGCUACAGGAAUGCAGGAGGUGCAGAUGGUUCUUGUGACCAAGGUUACCCACUCCCAGUCUGGAUGGGCUCCUCCUCCCCGGCAUAUAGGGAGUACGUCUCUUACCAACACACAAACCACAAUGCCUCACACUGUACCCGGAGGAAGGGCAAGCGACAAAACGGGGCCUUGCCGGAAGUGGAAGGAUGGACCCGCCCUCUCGCAAGUCGCAAGACGGUCUCAUAACACUGUGUUGCCUGACCUCUCCCAUGAUAGGUUGCCAACUGGGAUGGGCAAUGGGAACGCUUCUGGUCCUCGGGCCCACUUGUCUGAGCUGGUUUGUUUGGGUGAAAUGUUUGGAUAUUUUUUAGAACUUUUUUUAUAUCUCUAUAUAAAUUGUGUAUA